CAGCUUUGAUGAACCAGCCCGGGGAAGAAUUCGCUGGCGCGUGUGUGUGUAUGUGUUUCCUUCCUUCCUUUUUUUUCUUCCUUCCUUUCUUUCUUCCUUCUUCUUUUCCCCCUUCCCUUUUGGCCCCGGAGCGGGGUGUCAGAUGUGAACGCUCUCUGCGCAUGUGCGAAGGUGUCCGAACUGACAAUGUUGGGGCGAGGAUGAUCGCGCCGCAGAACAGCUGCGGGUUCAAGGAAGGCUCCAGCGCGCCGGCAAGAUGCGAUCCAAAGCGCGGGCCAGGAAACUGCCGAAAAGCGACCACGAAAUCGUGACCAACAUGUACGAAACCGAGGCGGAGCUCCUGGCCGGCGAAAGCGCAGAAGAGGAGACGGAGGACAGCGUCAUGUCUCCCAUCCCCAUCGGUCCCCCUUCCCCUUUCCCCGCGGGCGAGGACUUCCACCCCAAAGAGGGCUCUCCCUACGAGGCCCCCGUCUACAUUCCCGACGACAUCCCCAUCCCGGCCGACUUUGAACUGAGGGAAUCCUCCAUUCCCGGAGCAGGAUUGGGUAUCUGGACCAAAAAGAAGGUCGAAGCCGGAGAGAGAUUUGGGCCCUACGUGACAUUGCCCAGGACCACGUUGAAGGAAGCGCAUUUCGGGUGGGAGGAAAUGCUCACAGAUUCCGAGACAGGCCUGCAGGACGGCUGCGUUAAAAAGACUGGCGAAUCUCUGGACCUAAACAAAUUUUGCAUGGAUGGAAACCCGACGUCCAACGGGAACUGGUUGAAAUAUAUCCGGGUCGCUCGCUCGAGCGAAGAACAAAACUUAGUGGUGUGUCCCAUUAAUGACCAGAUAUAUUAUAAAGUUAUUAGAGAAAUAGAGCCGGGAGAAGAGCUGCUGAUGUAUAUGAAAGAAGGAACAUUAUCUGCUGGAAACCUGCCUCCUAGUUUGGAAGACGUUCACACAUUCCGUUGCGAGGACUGCGACGAGCUCUUCCAGUCCAAAAUGGAGAUGAGGCGGCAUAAGAAGUACUCCUGUCAUGCUGUCGGCUCUCUGUACGAGUCCGAGGAGAUCAAGCAGGAAGGCCUGGAGGACGACCAAGGCCACGAAUGCAAAGACUGUGAAAGGAUGUUUCCCAACAAGUACAGCUUGGAGCAGCACAUGAUCAUCCACACGGAAGAAAGGGAGUACAAGUGUGACCAGUGUCCCAAGGCCUUCAACUGGAAAUCCAACUUGAUCCGUCACCAGAUGUCGCACGACAGUGGCAAGAGAUUUGAGUGCGAAAAUUGUGUGAAGGUUUUCACGGACCCCAGCAACCUCCAAAGGCACAUCCGCUCCCAGCACGUCGGCGCGCGGGCCCACGCUUGUCCGGACUGCGGGAAAACUUUUGCCACUUCUUCUGGACUCAAACAGCACAAACACAUCCACAGCACUGUGAAGCCUUUCAUAUGCGAGGUCUGCCACAAAUCCUACACGCAGUUCUCCAACCUCUGCAGACACAAGCGCAUGCACGCCGACUGCCGGACUCAGAUCAAGUGCAAGGACUGUGGCCAGAUGUUCAGCACCACCUCCUCGCUCAACAAACACCGGCGGUUCUGCGAAGGCAAGAACCACUACAACCCCGGAGGCCUUUUCGCACCAGGUUUGCCCCUGACGCCCAGUUCCUUGAUGGACAAGUCUAAGACAUCGCCCAACCUCAAUCAUACUGGACUCGGCUUCAGCGACUACUUCCCCUCCCGGCCACACCCGGGAGCAAUUCCGUUCUCGCCUGCUCCCCCUGCGUUCCCGGCUCUCGCCCCCGGGUUCCCAGGGAUCUUCCCUCCCUCGCUGUACCCCAGGCCUCCUCUCUUGCCCCCCACGCCUCUGCUCAAGAGCCCCAUCAACCACACCCAAGAGGCCAAGCUCCCCAGCCCUCUGGGCCACUCUCCGCUCCCGCUGAUGUCCGCCAUCGGCAACAGCAGCCACCCGCUACAUGUGGAGGAGAGGUUCAACAGCGCUCCUUUGGGGAACUCCUACUUGGAGAAGCUCAAAGCCAGGACUAGCGACCUGUCGGAUGCCAGCGACUUCGAGGACAUCAACACCACAACGGGCACUGAUCUGGAGACCACCACAGGCACCGGGUCGGACUUAGAGAGCGAUGCGGAGAGCGAGCGAGAGAAAACGAAGGAGAAAAGAAAACCCGGGGAGACCAAGCCGGAUUUUGGCAGCGGUUCGGUCCCCACCGGUUCCACCAACAGCACAAGCGACCUCCCCAUCUUCUACUCCCAGCACACUUUCUUCCCUCCCCCCGAGGAUCAGCUGUUGCCGAUGAUGGGGGCCACGAACGAUUCCAUCAAGGCCAUCGCUUCCAUUGCCGAAAAGUACUUUGGGCCCGGGUUUAUGGGUAUGCAGGAGAAAAAAAUGGGGACCCUUCCCUAUCAUUCCAUGUUCCCGUUCCAAUUCCUUCCCAACUUCUCCCACUCGGUUUACCCGUUCACGGAGCGGACCCUCAACCACAGUUUGCUGGUCAAAGCCGAACCAAAGUCGCCCCGGGACCUGCACAAAAUCGGCGGGCCCUGCUCGGAGUCACCCUUCGACCUCACCACCAAGCCGAAAGAAAGCAAAGCGGCGCAAGUCCUCCCCGCCCGUCACGCCGGCGAGGAACAGCCUCUGGAUCUCACCAUCAGCAGCCGCAUCCGGGCCAGCCAUCACGGGAGUCGGGAUCCCCGGAAGAACCACGUCUACGGCGAGAGGAAGCUGGUGGCCGGCGACGGAGUCCCCAAGAUGAAUCAAGCUCAGAUGCUCCCUCAACCUUCCCUGCAUUACGCUAAGCCCUCUCCUUUCUUCAUGGACCCCAUCUACAGCAGGGUAGAGAAGCGGAAGAUGGCUGACUCAGUUGGAGCACUAAAGGAGAAGUAUCUGCGGCCUUCCCCGCUGCUUUUCCAUCCUCAGAUGUCCGCCAUUGAAACCAUGACCGAGAAGCUGGAAACUUUCGCUGCCCUGAAGACAGACGCCGGGGGCGCUUCCUUGCCGCCCCUCCCUCACCACCCGUUCAACUUCCGGUCGCCCCCUCCCACCUUAUCGGAUCCCAUUUUGCGCAAGGGCAAAGAACGUUACACUUGCAGAUACUGUGGUAAAAUCUUUCCUCGUUCAGCCAAUCUCACCAGACAUCUCCGAACACACACAGGGGAACAGCCUUACCGGUGUAAAUAUUGCGACCGCUCGUUCAGCAUCUCGUCCAACCUCCAGCGCCACGUCCGAAACAUCCACAACAAAGAGAAACCCUUCAAAUGUCACCUCUGCAAUCGAUGCUUCGGCCAGCAGACCAACCUGGACCGACACUUGAAAAAACACGAGCACGAAAACGUUCCAGUAAGCCAGCAUGCCGGAGUCAUUACAAACCACUUGGGGAACAACGCAUCUUCUCCCGCCUCCGAAUCGGAACACCCAGCACUUUUAGAUGAGAAAGAAGACGCCUAUUUCUCUGAAAUCAGAAACUUUAUUGCCAAUAGCGAGAUGAACCAAUCGACGGCUUUAGCCGAGAAAAGGCCCGAAAUCCAGAACGCUGACGGCGCCACCCACGGUCUUCCGCCCGACAAAGUAGAGGACGUCGAUGAGGAAGAGGAUGAACUGGAAGAGGAGGACGAUGACAGCCUGACGGGGAAGUAUCAAGACGAGACAGUGUCACCCACCGCCGAGCCACAAGGAGGGUAUGAAGAUGAGGAGGAAGAAGAGGCCGCGUCCCUCACCAUGAGCUUUAACCGUGCCCAGAGGUGUACUGAGGAGAACGAAGCCGGCUUGUUAGAUUUGGAACAGAUGUCGGAAUUUGGGAAGGGGCUGGACUUCCGCCAGGCCUCCGAGGAAGCUUUUGACGUUAAAGCUGUCUAUAAUUCCACCUUAGAUUCGGAGGCACUAAAACAAACUCUGUUCAGGCAGGCCAAAAACCAGGCUUACGCAAUGAUGUUGACUCUUACCAAGAACACCCCCUUCCAUCCUUCCUCCCAGAACCCCCUGGAUGCCUGGUUGAACAUGGCUGGAGCCGCUUCCGAGCCAGGAACCUUCAACGCUGUCGGCCACCUCUGAGACGCUCAGGGAGGCGGCCCCGCCAGGAUCCCAGCGCGGGAGGCCGAGGUGCCCGCCCGUUGGCCUUCUCAGCUCUCCCGGCAAAGCGGAAGAUUGGCAGAAGGACCCCCUGGGGCAGGAGAAACCCGCCACGGACAGCUCCCCUCCCCAUCGGUCAAGCCCACCCACCGAACAAGACCCCGCCAUUGCGUAGCACCGGGCGGGAGAACAUUGGCUUCCGGUGAGGGACACGCCAGGUGGAGGACCCACUAAACCCCAUCCUGACCCCUCUUCAUGUUAUAAACCAUGUUGCUGAGCCAUCAAAGAUGCACUUGUCCCCAGACCCCAACCCUUCUCCCCAUGAAGCCCCCAAGCCCACCUGGCCAGGACUGUGACCUUCUACCCAAGACAUUCUCGCGAUAAGGACCAUGUUGACUCUUUCUCUGUUGUUCUCCUCACCUGAGGUCCACGUGCAUCCAUCGUAUCCCACUUUUCUUCCAGGGAUUUCCCGCAAAUUCCACAUUUCCCGUAUCUGAUGGACAAUUCCCCAGUCUUCUAACUUUCACAGCCUGUCAAUUUUCUACCUGGGCUUCAAGAAGCAGAUUCUUUCCACUCCUUUCUGUACCUGGUGUCUUCUAAAUCGAGAGGCCUAGAAUGAUGGGGCUGGGUAGAAAGCUGAUUUUUUUUUUAGGGUGUUAAGAUUGCCUAAAUUCAUCCCCUCCCAUCGAUCUCAAAUCAAAGCGAAGGCAAGCUUGGCUCAGCUCGGCCGGCGAGAGAACCACGAAUUUCGCUGGGCCAAACUUCACCUUGGAAGUUUUCAAAUCUCAAAAAAAAAAAAAAAAAAAAUACACCCCCACACAAAAAGAUUUAUUUUAUUUUUUCCAAUUUCUCUGGAAUUUCUCCCAGAGAUGUUCUGGAUCAGGUGGUAGUUAUUCUAAAAAUGUUGUUCCCUGCCUUCUCUGAAGAAGGAUUAAAACCUUGAGCAUUUCAGCCACGAUAAUCCGCCAGCGUUCGGCAAAGAAAAUUCUUCUUCUUUAGGAAAAUAAAUAAAUAAAAUAAGACGGACCAAACGGUCUUGCAUCCCGCAAAAUAGAACCUCGUAGAGAAACAUAUUUUCUAGCGUUCAUGUCUAUAAACAGUGGUUCGUUAGAACUGUGUACAUUCUAUUUUUAUUUUUAUUUUAUUUUUUAAAUUUGCUUCCUAAACCACCAUCACGUUAGCUUCCAUCCGAUCGUCACUCUCUCCGUCACAGCCAGGAAGGUUGCAAAUGAAUCUCAACAAAUUUCGCUUGGGUUGAUUCACCAGCGUCACGUUGCCUUUUGGGAAUGUGGAUUCCGAGCUCAGAGAGCAGCUCACGAUGAAACGAGCGAGAAAAUUUUUUAAAUUUCAUCCAACAUCGACGUCGUUUCUUCUAUUUAAAAGGCAGCACUUCUCUUUAGACUCCAGAUGUCGAGGACAUAUGUCUGCAAAGGAUUACAACAGAAGGAGCGUUUUCGUUUCGUUGUACAUUUUCGCCUGGGGUUUGGGGGUUUUCUUUCUUUCUUUCUUUUUUUCCUUUCCUUUUCUUUUUUUUCCUUUGGGCUUCCAGAUUUGCAGAUCUUUCAAAUCCGAAUCUCUCCUCCUAACCUUGCCAAUGUUUUCGAAAGCGGUUCUAGACCAAGAUCGGUGAAACCGAAUUAGGGACCGAUGCAAAUCCAGCCUCGGUUUAAACCGGGCCCAAAAUAAUUGACCCGCAAACGGAAGCAAUUUAAACGAGUUGACUUUGAAACAGUUC